AUGCAGUGGGUGCUACUUCUGUUCUUGCUCUUGCUGUGCCUUCAGUCAGGCUCCAGCGAGACGAACCCCCAAGAUGGUAGCACAAAUAAAACUAUAAUGGAUCAAAUGCACAGUAGGUCAAAUCAAACAAAUUUAGAAUUCGUGCUAAUGGAUCUGUCUAACAAUCCAAGUCUUGGAGGUCCACUUACCCCAAAUAUUGGAAAUCUGAAGCAGCUCACCAUUCUGAAUUUACUUGGAUGCAGCUUCACUGGUAACAUCCCACAAGAGAUAGGCAACUUAAGACAGCUCACAUUCCUGGCCCUAAACAUGAAUCAAUUCACUGGCAGAAUACCCCCAGAACUUGGCCUUCUCACAAAUCUCUCUUGGUUGGACUUGUCGGCCAAUCAAUUGUCAGGACAAAUCCCAGUUUCGAGAGGUUCAGACCCGGGGUUGGAUAAACUUGUCGCCACAAAGCAUUUCCAUUUUAGCGAGAACCAGUUGACAGGCCCAAUGGACAGAAAACUUUUCAGUGCCAAUAUGAACCUCGUACAUGUCCUAUUUGACAACAAUAAACUUGAUGGACCAAUCCCCCCAUCCCUUGGGCUUGUCAAAACACUUCAAAUUAUCCGACUAGACCAUAACCAAUUCUACGGUGCGGUACCUGAUAGUAUCGGUAACCUGACUAGCCUGAUGGAACUAUUUAUGGAUGGUAAUGGUCUUAAUGGGACAAUACCCAACGCUCUUUUCAGCCUCCCACAGAUGCAGAGAAUAUCACUAGCUAAGAAUACUCUUGGAGGCUCACUGACUAUGACUGGUAAAAUCAGCUCAAAACUGCGGGUUGUUAAUUUGACAAAUAAUCAAAUAAUCGAUGCUAAUAACGUUGACCCAAGCUACACUGGUAGCCUAAUACUAACAGGGAAUCCUGCAUGCCUAGAAAAUAUCAAUUUCUGCACACUCAAGGAAAAACAGCAAGUGUCAUACUCUACUAGCCCAGGCCCCUGUGGUGCUAUUUCCUGCCCCACUGGUCAGUUACCAAAUCCAGAAACUUCACAGAACUGUGCUUGCACUACCCCCUUCGAGGGUGUGAUGAACUUCCAAGCACCUGCCUUCUCUGACAUGACAAGCCCCGAGUUAUUCCAACAAUUGGAGUCGACGCUUAUACAGAACCUUAGCCUAGCUCCAAGAUCAGUUGCACUUUCCGAUGUUGACUUCAGCCCAGGAGCUCCUCUAAAAUUCAGAUUGAUGUUUUUUCCAGUCAGUGAAAUGGGCUUCAAUCGCUCAGAAGUUAUAAGAAUCAGUUCUGUUUUGGCCAACCAAAUUUAUAAAGCUCCAACUCAAUUUGGACCAUAUUACUUCACAGCAAUCCCAUACUUUGCAAUCCCAAGCGGUAAAAAAUCCUCAAUGCGCAAAGGUGUAAUAAUUGGAAUAGCAAUUGCUGGCUUUGUCCUUAUUGUCGGUCUUGUUCUGGUAGCAAUAUAUGCUCUACGGCAGAAGAAAAUAGCCAAGGAGGCAGUAGAGCGGACUACUAAUCCAUUUGCAUCAUGGGGAGCAGGUGGUAAAGAUAACGGAGACGUACCACAAUUGAAAGGAGCAAGAUAUUUUGUAUUUGAGGAGCUGAAGAAAUGCACCAAUAAUUUCUCAGAAACUCAUGAGAUAGGAUCUGGAGGAUAUGGAAAGGUUUACAAAGGAAAGAUUGCGAAUGGGCAAAUAGCUGCAAUAAAACGCGCACAGCAAGGAUCCAUGCAAGGUGCAGCUGAGUUCAAGAAUGAGAUUGAACUCCUGUCCAGAGUGCAUCACAAGAACCUAGUGAGCUUAGUAGGUUUCUGCUAUGAACAAGGGGAGCAGAUGUUGGUUUAUGAGUAUAUUUCCAAUGGGACACUCAGGGACAACUUGAUGGGUAAAGGAGGGAUACAGUUGGAUUGGAUGAAGCGACUUAAGAUCGCAAUUGGGUCUGCUAAAGGCCUGGCAUACCUUCAUGAACUUGCUAAUCCACCAAUUAUUCACAGAGAUAUAAAAUCAACCAAUAUACUUUUGGACGAAAGUCUAACUGCAAAGGUAGCUGAUUUUGGUCUUUCGAAACUAGUGUCUGACACGCAAAAGGGACAUGUUUCAACCCAAGUGAAGGGAACAUUGGGUUAUUUGGAUCCUGAGUACUACAUGACUCAACAGCUCUCCGAGAAGAGUGAUGUCUAUAGCUUUGGAGUUGUCAUGCUAGAGCUAUUAACUUCCAGGCAGCCCAUAGAGAAGGGUAAGUACAUUGUCCGUGAGAUCAGGACCGCAAUAGACCAGUAUGAUCAAGAGUACUAUGGCUUGAAGAGCCUAAUUGAUCCAGCAAUCAGGGAUUCAGCUAAAUUAGUUGGCUUCAGGAGAUUCGUGCAAUUGGCUAUGGAAUGUGUAGAAGAAUCUGCUGCUGACCGCCCGUCAAUGAAUGAUGUGGUCAAGGAACUUGAGACAAUUUUACAGAAUGAAGGGGGGCCGUUGUUAAAUUCAGCAUCUUUGUCAACUGAACAUUUUGGAGAUGCAACAGGUAGAGGCCAAGAGGAACACUCUCCUAUGAAAGAUGACAGCAGCAGCAGCAGUGCUUUUGAUUACAAUAGUGUAUAUUCAUACUCAGCUGUUGAACCAAAGUAGGAACUAUGUAUUGGUUCUUGCUUAUCUCUACUCAUUGUUUUUGGUGCAUGGUCCAAGUGAAUAGGA